AUGGGUGAGCCCCAGCAGGUGAGUGCUCUGCCCGCGCCCCCCAUGCAGUACAUCAAGGAGUACACGGACGAAAACGUCCAGGAGGGCCUGGCGCCCAAGCCCCCGCCGCCCAUCAAGGACAGCUACAUGAUGUUCGGCAACCAGUUCCAGUGCGACGACCUCAUCAUCCGGCCGCUGGAGAGCCAGGGCAUCGAGCGGCUGCACCCCAUGCAGUUCGACCACAAGAAGGAGCUGCGCAAGCUCAACAUGUCCAUCCUCGUCAACUUCCUGGACCUCCUGGACAUCCUCAUCCGCAGCCCUGGCAGCAUCAAGCGGGAGGAGAAGCUGGAGGACCUCAAGCUGCUCUUCGUCCACGUGCACCACCUCAUCAACGAGUACCGGCCCCACCAGGCCCGCGAGACCCUGCGGGUCCUGAUGGAAGUGCAGAAGCGCCAGCGCCUCGAGACGGCCGAGCGCUUCCAGAAGCACCUGGAACGCGUCGUCGAGAUGAUCCAGACCUGCCUGGCCUCUUUGCCGGAGGACUUGCCCCGUCCCGAAGCGGGGCCGCGGGUCAAGGCGGAGCCCAUGGACGCCGAGGACAGUGGCACGGGGCCUGGAGGCGUGAGCGAGCAGCAGAGAGACAGCUCAAGCCACAGGACGGACCAGAUUCUCGAGAAGGACGCGGCCCUGUGUGUCUUGAUUGACGACAUGAACGAAAGACCUUGAGGGAGGGGGCAGCUUUGACUUUGAAUGCACUCUCUUUCUCUUUCUCCCUGCCUUCCUCCCCUUCUGUUUCCCUCUCCCCCCUUUCUCUCUCUCUCUCAGUAAAUAACCUCACUUAUUAGCUUUGUUUGUGCUGGGACAGUCUUCACAGGUGAAGGGAAGUCAUGGUAAGGACUUGCCUCCACAAUCCUAAGACAUCAUGAGCAGCGAUGUCACACUGGUCAGCACAAGCAGACGAGCACACUGUGAUGGGCAGCCCCUGGGAAAGCAGAGUUUGCUGUCCUGAGGCCUGCAUUCCUGUGCCCUGUUUUGGGAAUGGCAGGGAAACGUGUGAGAAGGCUUCAGUAAUAGCCUGCUUUUAUCCCAGAGAAGUAGAUUUAUUAUUUGCUUGAGGAAUGGUCAGUAAAGACCAUCAAGCUGAAUAAAUGUAAACUUUUAAAUGUC